AUGCGGCACAUCGGUUCGUCAUACGGGGAGAGUGCGACGCAUAAGAAUAUCGUACCGGAAGUACAAGAUCAUGCUGUGGUGGACGGCUUUGUUGUCCAGGCGACGCUGCUGUUCGCCCUGGUGAAGAGCAUGUGUGCUGAACGUGCCGCGUCUGACGCGUUGCUGGCCACGACAAUCUCACAAGCCAAGCAUAUUGGCAUGCAUACGAAGGCGUUCGCAGAGGCUGUUGCAGAUUCCGAUCCCGCGCUUGCUGAAAGCUGGAGGCGGACGUGGUGGAUGCUUUAUGUGACCGACCUCAAUUUCGCCGUCAUUCGCUACGACUUUAAGAUGUUGAUGUUUGACUCGGUCCACGAUGUCGACCUCCCAUGUGACGACAGCGAAUACGCUUCAAUGGACAUAUCCCGAAGGACUGCGUCUUUCGAUGACUUCAAGAACCGGGAGUACGCGCUGGAGAGCCCCAAGUUCUCAUCAUUUGCCUACCUUAUCGACGCGACUCGCAUUUUUGUCGCGUCGCUGCGGGCAUCAACACAGUAUGAGAGCAUUUACAAGGCGGAGAUCCUAUGCGACGACCUGGAGGCUGCCAUUGUUGGCUGGUUCGUCUUGCUCCCGACCGAGAAACGGGAGCUUGCUGUACAACCUGCCAUGCUGGACCAGCUCAUGUUCCAGGCUCACAUGAUGAUGUAUACAUCUCUGGCCUAUAUCCACAGGCCACUGUCAGGCCUCGGAUACGAUCCCGCUGAAGGCCUGUCGAGCUGCGGCUCGCCUCCGCCACCCCUUGCCUCGACCACUACGACAGGCAGCGCGUUCAACCACAAGGCGCAUUCUCACAAGCUCGUUCAGGCUGUCCGAAAGCAGAACCAGUGUUUGAUCCUACUGCCCAUUGGGACUGCGCAGCUGUCACCCUUCCUCAUCUGCAUGAUCGCCUGCUGCACGAUUGCACAUCUCGUCGCGUGCAAGUCGGCCUUCACUCCAGAGGAAGCCGAGGUGGCGCGGUCUCGCAUCCGAGUGUGCUUGGGAACGCUGAAGCACUACGAAGAUGUUUGGCCGAGGGCCAAAAAGAUUCUGCGAGAGCUACGCACGAUUGCUCAAAUCAUGAUGCGAGGGCAUCCGACAUCGCCUCCCGUGCCCGCUGCUUCGGACCUACUCGUUGAACAGGACAUGGUCUUUGCCAACUUCUUUGAUCGAGAAUGGCUUCAAGCUCUAGAAGGCGCAAGCUGA